GUUCCCUGAAGCCAUGGCGCCGGCUCUCUGCGCAUAACAGCUCGUACACGCUUUGUACGGCCCGGUAGCAACGCUUUGUAUAAAGCAUAGAGCCACAAGUCAGUGUGUCGAACGGCAUUCCAGCGCGAGGGCGUGUAACAAGCGGCCUGCUUCGGAGAGCAUCACCCUUGUGAGAGCAUCAGAGCAUCCCAGCGAGGGCGUGAACAAGCCCUGCUUCGGGGAGCAUCACUCUGUAAAAAGAGCGUCAGAGAGCACAGAGAACUCAGGGAGCAAAUGGCACCCAUCUUCGAGAAUACCGACCUGCUCGCACACACAUGCGGGUUGCUUGAUGCCGCAGACAUCGCUAGGUUAUGCCAAAGCUGUAAAUUCGUGCCGGAUCACAUAAAAGAUGUAAAGACGAUCAAGUUCCUCUCGACGAUGCGCAGCGACGCCGUCCUCGGGAACCUGUCGACGAUCGAGCGUCUAGCCCUCGUGGAGUCGCUGCGCGAGUGCAGCACGUGCAUCGAUUUCAAGGUCUUUAGCUGCGACCUGCUCGAGUCGUGUCUGCCUGCUCUCAAGCGCUUUGCGGCCUUGAUGCAGCGGCACCGGUCCUUUUCCGUGUCGAUCGAGGCGCACUGCGGUCUGGAGGCUCCGCGCGACGCGGGGUAUAUCUUCGCCCGCGAGCGCGGCCGCAACGUAAAAAUAGCGCUCCUCGCCUGCGGCCUCGAGCCGGAGCGCCUCCAGGUCAUCUCCUACGGUAAUAGAAGACCGCUCGUCUGGGCGUUCGGUAAUCCAUCGGACGAAAAGGACGCCGGUUCGGCGAACCGCCGUGUCGAGUUGUUUGUUCGCAGUCCCGACGGCUUCGAGGUGCCAGCUAGGCGCUCCCCCGACGAGUACGCGUCGUCUCAUCACUCAGACAUCGGUCCCGACGGCCCGGGCAUCGUCGACGACGAAGACCCGGACCCGGAGGAGGAGCCCUCGGACGUCGAAGAAGACGACCGGGACCCGGAGGAGCCCGACGAAGAAGACGAGACUGUGACUGACUGGACUCGGGCACUCGUGUACUAAAUAUAGUUGCUUUGCCUAG